AGACACAACAAAACACUAAAAUAAAUUAAAAAAAAAGACUUUUUUAAAAUGAAAGAUUAUAUUGAAAUAUCAUGUAAUACACCAAUCAUUGUCAGAAAAGCUUUAAUUGCAACAAAUAAUGAAACCGUCGGAUAUUUGGAUGAAACCGUCGGAUAUAGCUAUUUGGAUGAAAGUUUUGACGACAACGUUUUUGGCAAAUUGGAAAAUGAGCGUGUAAUGAAAACGUUGGACAAUAACGUUGCAAAAGCUCAACUCCUCCAAACAGUCGAUGAAAUUUAUAACGAAACGAGUAGUACACCAAUUAAGUUGAAAUACGAAAUAAUUUCAGAUCAAAAAAGCUUUAGUAAAAACAAUUUCAUAUUUAAAAGUCGUGACAGAUUUUUCACAUAUCCAGCAAUUGAAGAUAGCUCUGUAAUAUGGUAUUAUAAUACAAAAAACUUGACCUACAAAGCAAACGAAUUCUAUUCAAGAGAAGUAUCUAGCAAUGAGAAAAAUUAUCUCUCAUUGAUGCUGAAUAUACCCAUAAAUCGAUCGACAAUGUUACAGGAAACCCUUCUGCAGGUUCCUAUGGAAACGGAUUUUCUAGACAAUAAACCAAGUCAAACAUUCCUCGGCGCUCGAAGAAGAUCAUACAGUCAACGUUAUGGUGUAUGUGCUAGCCCUAUUUUGCGCGAUCUGUGCACUCCAAGAGAACGUUCUUAUACAUUUAGUACUAAUGAUACAAAAGUAAACAGACACAGCUCAGAAUAUGUUUCUGUCGGUUCGCCGUCAUCUCGACGUCACACUUCGGUAAAAAGUACAAGCAUACGAAAGUACUCAAAAAUGGGGACAUCUCAUAAAACUAGGAAGAGAUCUGCUUUUUCAAUGAGUAAAGGUGUUUUACAAAAGCAAAUUCCACAUGUAAACUCUUUUCCAAAUAAAUUAUCAGAUGGCUCAUUUGAACCACUCAAAAAUCCCAUGAUUGGGUUUUCGUCAACAUGCACAAGAAAGUUUUCGGUUGCUCUUGGUAGAAAACCUUCAAACAUUAACACACAAAGAAAAUUAAUUCGCAGAUGCAGCGAGCCUUUCUUGCUCGAUCCAAACGUUUUACAAGAAAAGUGUUACCGUAAAAAUAGCACCGCGCGGAAUGGAAAAAGAAGACAAUCAGCUACAGCAUCCUUUCCAUCAGCAAGCAAACAAAAGUUGCACGAAUUAGCUAAAGACGAGCUUCUUGCAAACUUGAUUGUGCCUUCUCCGCCAACCUAUAGCUUUGAUGAAAAGGAUUUUGAAGAGCCGUUUGACGAUGUUUUACAAGCGGAGAAGUAUGAAAAAGAACGAAAAGAAGUUAAAAGACAACGUGUAAUGGAGGAGAUAUUAGAAACCGAAAAAAAUUACAUAUCAUGUUUGCAAACAUUAGAUUCGGUCUUUAAAAAACAACUCGAAGAACUCAAUAUAAUUACAAGAAAAGACUUGUGUUCGUUGUUUCCGACGCAACUGAAUCAAAUUCUUGUAUCUCACACGUUCUUUAUGCACGAGUUACAAGACAGAAUGAAUAACGUAAACUGGCGAGGAAUAAUUGGUGAUAUAUUUGCAAAAAUGACUUCAGCCAAUGCAAACUUGUCUGAAAUCUACAUGAACUAUGUACAACUGUUUCCAAAAUCAAUAAGUACACUAAGUAAAUGUACCAGAUCUUCUCAAAAGUUUCGAAAAUUUCUUUUGGACUGCAAUGAAAACCCGCUUGUUGAAAGACUAGAUUUACCGUCGUUCCUUUUAUCGCCUGUACAAAGACUUCCAAGAUAUGUAUUAUUACUUAGGGAACUUUUAAAAUACACUGAAGAAGACCAUCCCGAUAUGUAUCACAUCGCUCAAGCAAAAAAGGAGAUGGAAGCAAUGAUAUCAUUGUUAAACAGCUCCAUACACAGUUCUAUGGAGUUUUAUUCGGCAAACGAAAGAAGAAGAAAAAAAAUGACCAGACAACUAACUUCAAAAAAAAAUAGAAAACAGAGAAUCUAUGCUGAAGAAACAAGAAAAUUUUCAAAAAACCAAGAGGCCGUUGUAGAAAGCAAAGUUUUAAGCGAUGCAGAUUUGGGUUAUUGUAGUUUCAGUGAGCGAAAAGACGAAACCCAAGAAGAUGAGACAAAUGGCGGUAAUCAAUCUCUUGACAGCAGCCAAUGUUCCGUCUCACAAAAUUCUUGUCGAAGCGAAGAAGGGCGACUAUCAAAUGGGAAUAAUAUUCGAAGACGCAAAGAAUCACAAGCUUUUCCAAGGAGUUCUAUUACGAGAAAAUCCUGGCGUCGCUCUCUUGGAGCAGUAUUUUCAAACUUAUGGUCAACAAAAGAUGAAGUUGUAGGUGAUAAUGGAGCAGAAUCCAAACCCAGAAGUGAAUCGGCCCGAUUUUUGAGUAUUAGUGAUAGCUUUGAGAGCCAGUACGAUCAUACAGACGAUAUAAGGGACCGCAGCCAAAAUUUAAAUCGAAAAAAUGGUGUUGGUAUACCACACCAAAUGAAACCACUGCACGCAUUAGACAACAACCCUGAUAUUAAGUUACAUCUUACAGUAGAUAUUGAGGUUUCUUCAAAGUAUUCAAAAGAAAAUAUAGAACACAAAAUAUCUGUAUCAUCAUCUCAAUCAUCGGAUUCAAUAAAAUUGCAGGAUAGUACCCAAAAAUUCAAACGAGGUCACUUAAGGGGAAGCGCAGGACCUGUAUUACGAUCUAUUUUAAAUAAGGCUAAAAUUCAAAAAGCCAAUUCUUGUAAUGAAUUGAACAUAGACAAUUCUAAUAUUAAAGAAAAAAAGAAACAAUCAAUAUCUUCCCUUAAACUUCACCUAUCCAAUUCAAGAUUGCAUAAUGGUUCACCUGAAAAACAUUCUCACUCAAAUUUAAAAAUAGCGCAGUCUGUAAUUCAAGAAUCAGAGUUGCCUUCGCCCCAUCUUAGACAUUCGACUAAAUACUUAAACAAUGAUUCUAUCAAAAAACCGUUUCUAAAUUAUUACAACGACGAAUCAAAAGAUGUGAAUAAUAUAAUUUGUGAAAAACCAUUAAGUUGCGGCAAGAAUGAAAUGAAAAACGAAUAUACAGACAAUCGAGACAACCGUAAUUCUAAGUUAUUCCAGUCAAGCAACACUAUAGAUGAAUCCAAUAACAUUCAUACAAAAAGCUUUAGCUUUGAAAAACUGUCCCCAAUAUUUAGUAACAAUCAAUCAGAAAACAUUUAUAUAGACAAUCAAAACUGUGAAAAACAUGCUAAAAAGGGUUUUAUGAAUAGCUUUAAAAAAAUGAUCCGUAAAAAAUAAAAACGAAUAUUUAGAACAAUUUUUAAACUCUUGCAAAUAGUGAUAACAUUUUUUAAAAUUAUAUUUGAAAUAUUUUUCUAUACGUGUAAAUAAAAAAUAAAUGUGUAUAACUUUGGAUACUUACUAGUUAAUAAUAUUACUUAAAAGUAUUGGAA